AUGGCGGCAGUCAGAGAGCGUGAGAGGAACUUCGACAGCAACAGUCAGUUUGUCAUUGUGGAUCACUGGCUGAGGGCCCUGAGGCAGCAACCUGACCGCCUGCACGUUCGCAAUGUCUACGCCCAGGCUACGAAUAACGUCGGCGCAGGUGCGGACACAGUCAACUCUGCUCUGCAGUCAUUCUUCUAUCAUUUACUGCGCAAUCCAGUAAUUCUAGAAAAGGCUAAGAAAGAAGUUGACGACGCCGUGAACAACGGGAGAUGCACGUCGAACGUAGUGUUAUUCUCGGACGCGCAGCAGCUGCCUUAUGUCCAAGCCUGUAUCAAGGAGGCACUUCGGUUCUUCACACCGGUUCCAAUGGGCCUCCCGCGCAGAGUUCCCGCAGGGGGGAUGACUAUUGGCGAUCGUACCUUCACCGAAGGCACGAUUCUUUCGGUCAACCCUUGGGUCAUCCAUCGCUCCCUUGAAAUAUGGGGAUCAGACGCCCGAACCUUUGUCCCAGAGCGCUGGCUCAGAGAUGACGCGGCAGAUCUGGAGAAGAAACAGUUUAUCCCAAUGGAGCUCUCCAAAAUCACUGCGACUAUUCUACGUGAUUACGAUCUCAAGCUCGUGGAUGAGACGCGCGAAUGGCAAUGGAGGGCAAACUUUACUGUUGUUCCGAAAGGCUGGCCAGUGUAUGUGACCAAGAGGGUCAAGGAGACUAUGGUGUGA